AACAAACCAGAACCAUAAAAAAAAAUUAUUUAAUUAAUAUUUAAAAACAAUCUCAUCUUUGGGUUAAAAAAAAAAAGAGAGAGAGAAGUUUCAGGUGGUAGGUAGGUAGAAGCUAGGGGUGGUCCGAAAAAAUGGGAGCCGGGGGCCGAAUGUCUUCUCCGACAACCAAAGGUGGUGGCGGCGGCAAAACCGCCACCCCACUGCAAAGGGUCCCCCACGCGAAGCCUCCGUUCACACUAGGCGAAAUCAAGAAGGCCAUUCCACCCCACUGCUUCAACCGCUCCCUCCUCCGCUCCUUCUCGUACGUCGUCUACGACCUCACCAUCGCCGCCGUCCUCUACUACAUUGCCACCUCCUACAUCCCCCUCCUCCCCUCCACCUACCGCCUCCUCGCGUGGGCCGCCUACUGGACCCUCCAAGGUUGUGUAUGCACCGGCGUCUGGGUGGUGGCACACGAGUGCGGCCACCACGCCUUCAGCGACCACCAGUGGGUGGACGACGCCGUGGGCCUCGUCCUCCACUCCGCCCUCCUGGUGCCGUACUUCUCCUGGAAGUACAGCCACAGGAGGCACCACUCCAACACUGGGUCCCUUGAACGAGACGAGGUCUUCGUCCCGAAGCAAAAAUUCCAAAUCCCGUGGUACUCAAAGUACUUAAACAACCCUCCGGGACGGUUCAUGACCUUAUUCGUAACCCUAACCCUAGGUUGGCCGCUCUACCUUGCCUUCAACGUAUCGGGCCGACCCUACGACCGCUUCGCCUGCCACUUCGACCCGUACGGCCCGAUCUACAACAACCGCGAGCGCCUCCAAAUCUUCGUAUCCGACGUCGGCGUUUUGGCCGUUUUGUGCCUGCUCUAUAAGGUCGCAAUGGCGAAGGGGUUGGCUUGGAUCGUGUGCGUCUACGGCGUACCGUUGCUUAUCGUGAACGGGUUUCUAGUCUUGAUCACUUUCUUGCAGCACACGCACCCCUCGCUGCCCCACUACGACUCGUCGGAGUGGGACUGGCUGAGGGGGGCGUUGGCCACCGUUGACCGGGAUUACGGUGUUUUGAACAAGGUGUUCCAUAAUAUAACGGACACGCACGUGGCCCACCACCUCUUCUCUACGAUGCCGCAUUACCAUGCGAUGGAGGCAACUAAGGCAAUCAAGCCAAUAUUAGGCAAGUACUAUCAAUUCGACGGAACCCCGUUUUACAAGGCGAUGUGGAGGGAGGCGAAGGAGUGUUUGUACGUGGACCCGGACGAGAGCUCUCAGGAGAAGGGCGUUUAUUGGUACAAGAACAAGUUCUGAGAGAUGGAUCAUAAUAAAGUGUUUGGUUUAGUACCGUGUUAGAGUCGUGGUUUUAGUGACAAAAAAAAUUUAUGUCGGAUGUUGUUUUUUUCUUGUGAUGAAAAUGCGUCCCGGAGUUUUGUCUGCGUGUAUUGAACUCGUCUUUUUAGUUUCGUGUCUGUUUGGGGGUCUUUAUGUAUGUUAUGUCGUGUAAUGUCGUCGGUUUCAGCUAUGGUUAUGGCUUGAAAUCUUCUGUUAUAAAAUUUUCGUUUGGUUGA